AUGAUUGUGCUUCACGCCCCGCUCGAGCAAACAGUGGGGCAAGUUAAUGAAGAGCGCUGGAUCCAACUUCAGCGCGUCGGGCAGCUUCGAGAACGUGUUGUUUCCGGAUCCACGGGCAAGUGCGCCGGCGGCAACUCCGGCAAAAUAGCUCACGCCAGGCAAGUCCAUGCAGAAGUAUGCGGGAUUCUGCUGGGAUCCCUAGAAGGUUUGCAAAGUGCGUUAACAGUGUGCGGCUCAACGGGUGUCAUGCUUACUCCAGAAGAGUCCACAUCUAAUUCAGUCGUUGGAGAAGUAGCGCAGAGGAUAAAGGAUCUCAGUGAUUUUGGAAAAAAUUUGCAGAAAUCCGAGUGCGGUGAAGAGGAGGAAUGGGCGAUGAGCGCCGCUCACGACAUCGCGCGGUUAUGUGCGGAGGUGACGCUUCGCUGGCGCGCAUUCCUGCACCACACCACCGACCGACCACACGUCCACCACGCGCUUGCAGCUCGACAUCAUGCAUUACGCAUCAAGCGUUUCUCGGAAUGCUUUUUCGUGCUGGACAACCCGCGUCACUCGAUGGCCGGUUGCUACGAUAGCAACUACCAAUCAUACCAGAGUGUCGGCGAGGCUGCUCGCAGGUCUCGGUAUCUGGCGCUGCUGCCGCCACUGCCGGUCCACUGCAUUGCUCUCGACGGAGAUCCGCAUAUCAUGCCCAUCAUCUUUGAAGAUAGAUACCAAGAUACUGCUGAAUUUGCAAGACGACGAUCGUUCUUAAAUUCCAGUGCCAAUAAAUCUGGAAGCGAUCCAUUCUUAUGUUCGGAACCUGUAGGAGAAGACUGCGCUUGUAGUAUAUCUUCUCUCGUUGAUUCAAGAAGACCUUCAUCAGAAGCAUCCAGAGUCACGCUAACGCUGCCUAAAACAAUGAUGGAUGUUCUAGAGCCGCAAUUUCAAGCACCCAAAACGAGUUCUAAUGUGGUGCAAGCAACACUGACUCUGGCUCCACAAAAAUCCGCUAGAGGUUCCCCGAAAAGAACAUUGAAUAUGGACAGCCAACAAAUCGACAUUGAAGCAGCCCGUAACCAACUGAGGUAUGAAUUAAAUUACUAUCUUCAAAAAGGAGACUGGAGCUAUGACUUUAAUACUGGCAGCCUCAUCCAAAAUUAUCAAAAGAAGUCUAGUAAAAGCAGUGACGAUAGCGGUUUUGUGAUGAAUUUAGAUAGAAGCAGCGAUGGAACUUCAAAAUCAACUUAUUCGAAAACACCGCCUUCUACUCCACAUUCCACAAUGCCUUCCGUGAGGCAUAAGAAGAGCAGGUCAAAGGAGUCCAAAUUGAAUAAUAGCGCUAAAGAAAACUCAAAACUAAAUUCUAGCCGUGACUCAUUAAGUAGUCAUCACUCCAUAAAAUCCCGGGAUAGUAAAUCCGACCGUCAUACUUCAAAAUCUGAGCGUAGUACGCCAAAGUCAGACAGAGCAACCCCGAGAUCUGGGAAAUCGACACCUAAAUCUGGUGGUAUUACACCAAGGUCGGGUCUAGCAACACCAAAGUCUGGAAGAGCCACGCCUAAAUCUGGUAUGGCUACACCUAAGAGUGGUAGAUCUAGCGGAAAACCAGAAAAACGAUCAAAACAUAAGCCGUCGGAGAAAAUGACUCAAUUGAUGUCAGAAGCCGCAUCUUCCUCCAGCAAUGAAAGUAUACCAUUUGAAUUACGAAGAUUAGAGUCAUCUGCGAGUGUCCCUUAUAGUCUCGAUCACGGCCCAGAGUUAUUACGGCAUUGCAGAAGCGCAGCAUCGGUAUUGGACGAACCUAACUUAAAUAAUAAUUUCGGAUCGGAAUCUUUACCCAAUUUAGCACCACCGCCCGCUUUUGAAUCACCACCACUUGAUAUAGGAGACAAAGAUUUUAAAAUUCUGCCUCCAGAAAACUUUUCAAACAAAGAAGAAAAAUGUAGUAGAAGUAGUUCCACAUCGAGCUUAAGCGAACAAAGUGGUUGGGUAUCCAGUGGACGUAGUUCAGGCCCCUCAUCUCCCGAUAAUACCAGUUGUCAAUUAAACCAAAAUUUCCCUCCGCCAAGCCAAGGACUUGCCAAAACUCCUACCAAAACCUACGAGGAUCCUAUCGAAAUUCGUAAAUCUGAAGGUGAAACGAUAUGUGAUUUUAAAAGAACUGAACUCAACGGUGAGCAGUUACGUGAACGGCUGCUAAAAUUAGCUGUGAAAGUAGCUCAGAAUAACUCGAAUGAGAAAAUAGAAUGCUGUGAUAAAGAAAUAUGUGAAGAGUGUACGAUUUGUAGUGACUCUAUAUGUACAGAUAGUCAAUGCGAAUAUAAUAAGAUUAUGCACAGUAACGGGAUUGACGCGGGUUGUAACUCUGACACAUGUACUGCAAGCUGCUUCCAACAAAUGUCAGAAAUUAACGCUAAAGUAAACCAACGACAUAAUUCAUUUAGUGCAGUGCAAGGCAAGUCUUUCAGCACGUCAAAAUCUACAAGUGAAGGAAUGGUUAAAAAAUCACAAACUAUUAGCGAUAACUUACAUCCGUAUAUACGUAAAGAGAUUGUGCCGAAGCCACAGCCAAGUUCGAGUAAAUCAAGUUCUAUGGAUAAAAGUAAACUCAGGGAAAGGAUUGAAUACACAGAGCGAUUAAUUGCAGCGGAACUCAGAAGUCUCACUGUAGACAGGUCUUGUAAAAGCCAUUAUAAAAAGUCAGCGCCGGGUCCCGUAGCAUCUGUACAAAAAUAUCACAAUAAAGCGAAGUCUGAAAUAGAUUUGGCGCACUUCAUUGGGGACAAUGAUUACGAGCAUUUGCCACCACCACAGCAAUUCCGCGAUGCACCGCCUCCACCAGACGAAUUUAAGGACCCUCCUGCGAAGUCGCCAAAAUUGAGCAGACAAAGCAGUAAGGCGUCAACGCCGUCAAAGACUCCGCAGAAACACGCACAACCAUCUACACUAGAGUUAGAUAAUCCCCUCUACCACGUGUGUGAAGAACGUGAAAGUAAUCUCAUCAGUAUCUUCGGGCUAGCCGAGUCUGAAAGAUUGUUCGUUAAAUGUCGAGACGAGUUCCGACAAAGCGUGAAAUAUCCAGGAGCUAUUUAUUCAGAUUUUCCACCUGUGGAAAAUUCGCUCCCCUACUUCCAUAUCAGCGAUGAAUAUCGAAUGUUUAAUCCUGAAGGCAUGUGGUUCAUGCAAAAAUGGAAGAAGUCCGGGUCCCUCCUCCAGCUGUCUCUACGCGACGCAUCGGAUCCUCGCCGUUCGUUCCUCUACCGCUUGAGCGAAAGGAGCCAGCUGCAUCAGUUCAAACACAUCCUGCUCUGUGGCUCCGGUCAGGAUCGAUACGUUCCUCUGCACUCAGCACGACUUGAGCUUUGCAAAGCCGCCGCUAAAGAUAUGUCUCUGCUAGGUCAAGCUUAUAGGGAAAUGGUACACAACAUGGUGGCACCGCUUGCGCGCGCAUCGUCCGUCUCAGUGGUUCGAUACGACGUCCAACACGCACUCCCACACACGGCCAGCGCGUUGGUCGGUCGAGCAGCUCACAUCGCAGCUCUCGAUUCAGAUCUUUUCAUUGAGAAAUUUCUUCUUGUCUCCGCACUCAAAUAUUUCCGGUAA